AUGGCCUAUUCGCUACGGUGGUGGGCGAACGCAAAUGUGGAGCAGCAGAACCAGGCCAAUGCAGAACCGGACACAUUCGACAGCAAAAUUUGGCAUAUCAAAGCCCACGGUUUUGAACAGGGUCCAAAGCUGCCAAGGGAAGAAGAAUUCGGCUUGGCCAGUUUCAAGCGCGAGGUCAUGAAUAUCUACCGAACAGCGUCAGCUCCCCGGCCUAACAUGUCUCGAAAAGACCGCGAGCGGCUUACCGACCUCCGCGACGAUGAUUCCGUGGUCGUCAAGAGGUCCGACAAGAGCAAUAAGUUUGUGGCGAUGAAGAUGGCAACGUACCUUGAUAAGGCCGAGACUAUCCUGUCAGAUGAGACAAAGUUCACACCCGUCAGUGUCACCAUCGAUGAUUGGGAGAAGCAAACGCGCACUAUCCUUCAACGCGUCUGUGGUGGUACACUAGAGAAGGACCUGUACCAAGCCAUACUCCCUGGCGACAACAGGUUUCCGGAGAUGUAUGGCCUACCUAAAGACCACAAAGCCACGGUACCGCUUCGGCCAGUUGUGUCAGCUGUUGAUAGCCCGGUGACCAAUAUUUCUAUUGUCCUGGAGCGUAUACUCAACCAAUGCCUGAAGUAUGUCCCAGCACAUCUGAAAAACACGCUGGAAGCACUGGAGGAUAUCCGGCAAGUGUAUCCCGACCUACAAGCCCCAGCGGGGACCAUCAUCGUUACGAUGGACGUGGUCGCUCUUUACCCAAGUAUCCCUAUCGCUGAAGGGGUGCAGGCGGUUGCUAGAGUCCUGCAGCAGCACAUCGAGUCUGUUGACACAUUUGGUUUAAGCGUGGAGCAGAUCGAAGAGCUGUUAACCUUCGUUCUAAGAUCCAAUUAUUUCAGAUUUGGUGAGAAGGUCUACCACCAGAGGGAAGGCAUCGCCAUGGGUAACAACCUAGCGCCCCCGUUUGCGAUUAUCUUCAUGCAUGACCUCGAAACCUCGCUGUUGCUAAACUCGCCUGGUGCUCCCGUACUCUACAAGCGUUAUAUUGAUGACAUCAUUAUGCUGUGGACACUGGGGGCCGCGCUUCUCCGCCAGCUGAUUGCGUUCUUCAAUACCGCCAAUGCGAGCAUCAAGUUCACGUAUCAAUCUUCGGAGGAAACUGGGUCGGUUGACUUUAUGGACACGACUAUUCAUGUCUCCUCCGAGGGCGCAAUAUCAUUCGAGCUGUUCCGCAAAGCUUGCCACAGUGGCCUCGUCUCAGACUUCAACUCCUGCGUUCCGCAACAGCAAAAACUCGCCAUCGCGUCUUCGGAAUUCCUCCGCGCGGCCCGCCUUUCCUCUGAUCCUGCAGCCCGCCAGCGAAAUACGUCGCAGGAGAUUGUGGGCCGUCUUAUUUUGCAAGGCUCUAUCUCUGAUAAAACUACGCGAAUGGGCGGACAGAUGGUGUUGCUAUAG